GAAAGGUGGUCUAGAUGAUUGCCGAUGCAGAAGUACUGGAUGGGUUGGUAACUGACAGGAGAGGCGGAGUAGGUGUCGUAGUAGUCAGAUGUAAAAAAUGAGGACGGGAUAUCGUAGGUAGGUUCCUCGUUAGGCCUCUUCCUUAACACAAUGCCACAAAGCAAGGUGUGUUCGAAAUCGUAAGGGAGGAGGCGGCUGGGUAUGUCUGGAAAAAUGAGAGGGCGGAUUCGAUAAAGAUCGAGAAGAUCUGGGACGUGGCUCUGCGAAAUAAGUUGCAGGUUUCGUUCUUGUACGUUGGCUAUUCCUUUCAAAAGCUUAACCCUCUGAGUGUUCUCGUAACUCGGGCGUACUAGGCUUUCGAAGUAAUCUAUCAACGGAAUUUGUUCGUGCCGCAGGGAUAUGAAGAUUAAAAGUUCUCUCCGUGCUCUGUCGGAGAUGUUGGAGUAUCUCCUCGAGACUGCGAGAAUUUCUCCUACAGAUGGCGGAAUGGUAAAAAAUGGAUUGGGUGAGAGCGAGUGCAUCGUUUAUGUCGAGGAUGAUAUCCUCGAUCGGAUCAAUUGGUGAAGACGAAGCAGAGGAGUCUUGAUACAACUCAGUGAUCUGUUCGACCGUUCCUUCCACGUCU